AAAAACUCUAGGGAGAUGACGAAUCAGUCAGAGGCAGACAAUUUUCCUGACUCCAAGGACGCAUCGGGGGACGUCCAGAGGGGCAAACUCUCUCCUGGUCUUCACGGAGUCUCUGACAUCCGUCAUAAUUUCGAUGGAUCUGCAGGAGAAAGGUGCAUCUUUUCUCCAUCUACCCAGCCACAGUCAGUCUCAGCAGCUCCCAGUGCCAUGUUCCCCUACCCGACCCAGCAUGGACCAGCGCACCCGGCUUUUUCUAUUGGAAGUCCCAGUCGUUACAUGGCCCAUCACCCGGUCAUCACUAACGGAGCUUACAACAGCCUUCUGACCAACACGUCUCCUCAGGGCUACCCGGCGGCGGGCUACCCUUACGCGCAACAGUAUGGACACACUUACCAGGGAGGGGCUUUUUACCAGUUCUCCACAGCGCAAGCAGGACUGGUUCCGGGGAAAGCGCAGGUGUAUCUGUGCAACAGGGCCCUGUGGCUGAAGUUUCACAGGCACCAAACGGAGAUGAUCAUCACAAAGCAAGGACGACGAAUGUUCCCAUUUUUAAGCUUCAACAUUUCUGGCCUUGACCCAACUGCUCACUACAAUAUAUUUGUGGAUGUAAUACUUGCUGAUCCAAAUCACUGGCGAUUUCAAGGAGGCAAGUGGGUGCCAUGUGGAAAAGCAGACACAAAUGUAACAGGAAAUAGGGUUUAUAUGCACCCGGACUCACCAAAUACCGGAGCGCACUGGAUGCGUCAAGAAAUAUCAUUUGGAAAGCUAAAGCUUACAAACAACAAAGGUGCCUCCAACAACACAGGACAGAUGGUGGUUCUCCAGUCUCUCCACAAGUACCAGCCCAGGCUCCAUGUGGUGGAAGUGAACGAGGAUGGGACAGAGGACACCAGCCAGCCAGGGAGAGUCCAGACGUUCACCUUCACAGAAACGCAAUUCAUCGCCGUCACCGCUUACCAGAACACCGACAUUACGCAACUGAAAAUCGACCACAAUCCGUUUGCUAAAGGAUUUCGGGACAACUAUGACACUGUCUACACAGGCUGCGACAUCGACCGCCUCACUCCAUCACCGGGUGACUCUCCGCGUUCACAGAUCGUGCCGGGUGCGAGAUACGCCAUGCCUAGCUCUUUCCUGCAGGACCAAUUUGUCAGCACUUAUGCCAAAUCUCGCUUUCACCCUGGCGUGGGGACUGGUCCUGGCACGGAGCGCAGCGUCCCACUCGGCAACAGCUUGCUGUCCCCGCAGCAAAGCGACGAUCCCACUGUUGCCUCCCCCCCGCAGCGAUGGUUUGUCACCCCUGCCAACAACCGACUGGACUUUGCUGCCUCGGCAUACGACGCCGCCGAUUUCGCCGGUAACGCGGCCACCUUGCUGUCCUACGCGGCGGCCGGAGUGAAGGCUCCCCUGCCGACUGCAGGCUGCUCCAACCGGCCUCUUGGCUACUACGCAGACCCGUCGGGCUGGGGAGGACGCACGCCGCCGCAGUACUGUGGCGUGAACAGCAAGGCCAGCUCGGUCUUUUCCUGCUGGCCGACUAACUCGAUCGGUGGCAGGGCGGGCACCAACUACCUGGCCGAGGAGGUCGACUCCAUCACGACAGAGAGGUCGCCGAUCGGCGGCUCGGACGAGGCCAAACCCAAAGACAUGACAUCCGAGUCGAGCUGGAUAGAGACGCCGUCCUCCAUUAAGUCCAUUGAUUCGAGCGAUUCCGGUAUCUUUGAGCAGGCCAAGAGGAGAAGAAUCUCACCUUCUGCCACGCCGGUUUCAGAGACAGUGUCCCCGUUAAAAUCUGAGUUGCUGGCACCGAGAGAGUGUGAGAAAAACUGCACAAAGGACAUUGAGGACACAGCGGGAGAGCUCAUGCAUUCAAAAAACUUGGAGGCUCCUUGGCUCUGCACAUAUCAGAGGAAUGAUGAUGAGGCGGUGGUGGACCGAGGAGGAGCACGGUCCCAACAGGGAACCAACUUUGGCCAGGAGGACCUUGAAGGCCACAGGACGCUCUACAUCGGGGUCCACGUCCCCUUGGGCAGUACCAGGCGCCACAGCCAUCGCAGGCACCAUCACCAUGGAAACAAACAGAGGAAAAGGAGCAGGGACCGGGCCCCCACCUUGGUGGAGGGUAGAGAGUCUCCUGCUUAUGACACUCCCUCCCAGAGAGUGCAGUUCCUGCUCGGCACUGAGGAUGAUGAUGAGGAGCAUAUUCCUCAUGACCUCUUCACAGAGAUGGAUGAAAUAUGUGUGCGGGAUGGAGAAGAUCCUGAGUGGAGGGAAAGUGCCAGGUGGCUGAAGUUUGAGGAGGACGUGGAGGACGGAGGAGAGCGAUGGAGUAAACCCUACGUAGCCACGCUGUCUCUCCACAGCCUGUUUGAGCUGCGAAGCUGCAUUAUCAACAGCACUGUGCUGCUCGACAUGAGGGCUAAUACCAUUGAAGAGAUUGCAGACAUGGUCUUGGACCACCAGGAGUUAUACUCACCACUGGGAGACGAGCUCAGACAGAGAGUGCGUGAAACACUGCUGAAGCAGCACCAUCACCAGAACCAGAAGAAGCUGGCUAAUCGCCUGCCGAUUGUACGCUCCUUUGCUGACAUGGGUCGACGGACAUCGGAGCUCCACUUGGACAAGAAUGGUCAGAUGACAGCCUCCCAGUCUCAUUUAGCAAAUCCAGACGGGAAAGGGGACAUAAGUAGAGAGAACAGUUCUGUGGACUUCAGCAAGAUAGACCUUCAUUUCAUGAAGAAGAUCCCAGCAGGGGCCGAGGCGUGUAACGUGUUAGUGGGAGAGCUGGAAUUUCUGACCAAGCCGGUAGUGGCAUUUGUCCGCCUUUCACCGGCGGUCCUGCUCAGUGGGCUGGCUGAAGUCCCCAUCGCCACAAGGUUUCUGUUCAUUAUUUUAGGGCCCCUGGGUAGAGGGCCUCAGUAUCAUGAAAUUGGAAGAUCCAUUGCAACACUUAUGACAGAUGAGGUGUUCCAUGAUGUUGCGUAUAAAGCUAAAGACCGAAAUGAUCUGAUCGCUGGGAUUGAUGAAUUCCUCGAUCAAGUGACAGUCCUUCCUCCAGGAGAGUGGGACCCAUCCAUUCGGAUAGAACCACCGAAAAAUGUACCUUCUCAGGAGAAAAGGAAGAAAAGUAACAUUUUACCAAAUGGAUUAGUAGAGGGCGAGGAGGAAGAGGAGGAAGAUGGCCACGGAGGUCCAGAACUGCAGCGUACUGGAAGGUGGUUUGGUGGUCUUUUCCUCGACAUCAAGCGCAAGGCACCCCACUACCUGUCCGACUACACUGAUGCUUUUAGUUUACAGUGUGUGGCCUCUUUCCUUUUCCUCUACUGUGCCUGCAUGUCUCCUGUCAUCACCUUUGGAGGACUACUGGGCGAGGCAACAGAAGGACGCAUAAGUGCAAUUGAGUCAUUGUUUGGAGCCUCACUGACUGGAAUAGCGUAUUCCCUGUUUGCAGGGCAGCCCCUUACCAUUCUGGGAAGCACUGGGCCAGUGCUUGUUUUUGAAAAGAUAUUGUUCAAAUUCUGCAAGGAGUACGGCCUGUCCUACCUGUCUCUGAGAACCUGCAUUGGUCUCUGGACAGCUGUCCUCUGUCUCAUUCUGGUGGCUACAGAUGCAAGUUCCCUCGUUUGUUACAUCACACGUUUUACAGAGGAAGCCUUCGCCUCACUCAUCUGCAUCAUCUUCAUCUACGAGGCCUUGGAGAAACUUGUCCACCUGGGAGACCACUAUCCCUUUAACAAGAACAACAACCUUGACAAACUCACCAUGUACUCAUGUUCAUGCGUUGAGCCUUCCGACCCCUCCAAUGCCACCCUGAAGUAUUGGGAGAUCACCAACGUCACUGCCUCAGAAAUCUACUGGGAAGCACUGGAGACCAAGGAUUGUAUUGAAAAGCGCGGGGAGUUUGUGGGCAGCGCUUGCGGCCCUAAUGGCCCUUACGUUCCCGAUGUCCUAUUCUGGUGUGUCCUUCUCUUCUUUUCCACCGUCCUCAUGUCCGCCUUCCUCAAGGAGUUCAAGUUCAGCAAUUACUUUCCCACAAAGGUGAGAUCCAUCAUCAGUGACUUUGCUGUUUUCUUCACCAUCCUGACCAUGGUCUUAAUUGACUAUGCCUUAGGGAUCCCCUCUCCAAAGCUAAAGGUUCCCAGUGUGUUUAAGCCAACCAGAGAUGAUCGAGGUUGGUUCAUCAGCCCUCUGGGGCCCAACCCCUGGUGGACCACAAUCAUCACUGUGUUCCCAGCUCUGCUGUGCACCAUCCUCAUCUUCAUGGACCAGCAGAUCACAGCUGUCAUCAUCAACAGGAAGGAACACAAACUCAAGAAAGGCUGUGGGUAUCACUUGGAUCUGUUCAUGGUGGGGCUGAUGCUCGGCGUGUGCUCUUUGAUGGGCUUGCCCUGGUUCGUAGCAGCCACCGUCCUCUCCAUCAGCCACGUCAACAGCCUGAAGCUCGAGUCAGAGUGCUCAGCUCCUGGAGAGCAGCCCAAGUUCCUCGGCAUCAGAGAGCAACGCUUCACCGGCCUCAUGAUCUUCACCCUCAUGGGCUGCUCCGUCUUCAUGACAUCUGUCCUCAAGUUCAUUCCUAUGCCUGUAUUGUACGGAGUAUUCCUUUACAUGGGGGCAUCUUCUCUCAGAGGCAUUCAGUUCUUUGAUCGCCUGAGACUGUUCGGCAUGCCAGCUAAGCACCAGCCGGACUUCAUCUAUUUACGCCAUGUACCCCUGAGGAAGGUGCACCUCUUUACCAUCAUCCAGCUCACCUGUUUGAUUCUGCUCUGGGUCAUCAAGACCUCCAAGGCUGCUAUUGUCUUUCCCAUGAUGGUGUUGGCUCUGGUGUUUAUCAGGAAGCUAAUGGACUGUUUCUUCACCUUGAGAGAGUUGAGCUGGCUGGAUGACCUCAUGCCAGAGAGCAAGAAAAAGAAGCUUGAGGAUGCUGAAGAGGAGGAGCAGAGUAUACUGGCAGAAGAUGAGGGAGUUGUUCAAGUGCCAUUAGAAGAAAACAAGGGAAUACCCAUCAUCAAUAUCACAGAUGAAAUGUCAAAAGGUUCUUUUGGAAAUACUUGGACUGCCAACAGCUAA